AUGAAAACUCCAGAGUUUAGUUUAGAUUCUUUAAAGAAUAACAGGAAGAAAAAGAGCAAGAAGUUGAACUAUGAAAAUUGGAGUGCACAUUAUUUUUUAAAGUUGCCUAUAUUUGUAAUAUUGAUGAUUGUAUUUUCUUUAAAUGCAUUUAUAUAUUUAUUGAUUCGUUUUUUUAUAUAUUUUUUUGAAAAUACAUCAUUUUGGAUGAUAACAAAAUAUAAAGAUUUCCAUUUUUUCGUUCGAAAAAAGAGAAAUGGCAAGACACCAUCAUCAUCAUCAUCAUCAUCAUCGAACAAGAGGAAGUAUAACGAUAACAUUAAUAAUGAUGAUGAACCCAUACUUAAUAAGAAUGAAAAAGAUGAUAGUAUAUUUCAAAUAGAGCAUUUAAUGAAUACUUGUAAUAAUUAUGAUGAUUAUAUAAAAUAUGCUUAUAGUAUGGAUGUAUUAACAGGAAAAACAGUACAUAUAAAUGAAAAUGAUGAUUAUAUUAAUAUUUAUGAUGUUCAUUUAUUAAAAAAAACAUCAGAAAGUAUACAAACGAAUUUAUUAAAUAAAGAUAUUUUAUUACUUUUAGAAGAUAUCAAAAUAGCUACUUCACCAAGAAUCAAAGGAAUAUUUCAAGAAAAAUAUUAUUGUAAAACAUAUUCAAUACCUCAUUUAAUAGUAACUGAAUUUAUUAAUAAUGUAAUGAAUGGAUUAAAUUUUUUAGAAAAUUAUAUAGAACAACAAAAGCAAAUAAAUAUCAAUUAUAAGUUCUCAGAUGAAUAUUUAGUUAUCAAAAAAUAUUUUAAAGAUAUAUUUAGACAAUGGGGAAAUACUGCAUUGUUUUUAAGCGGAGGAGCAAUUCUAGGUCUACAUCAUUUCGGUGUCUUAGAAGUCUUUUUAAAAUCUUCAAUAAAUGCAGAUUAUUUUAAUCACUACGCUAAGAAACUUACGACGCAGAAAAAAAUAAAGGAAGAAAUGUUACCCAGAAACAGUCACGGAAAUGAUAUUAGUAAUGACAUUAAUAAGAAGGAUAUACAUAAGGACAGUCAAGAUAAAAAAAAAAAAUAUAUUAUAUUAAAGAGUAACAGUAACAAUGAAAAAAAACUGUCAUCAGGAGAUUCGGACAAAAAAAAACAAAACAAAAAAAAAUAUAUUAAUCGUAUCAAACAAGGUAUAAAAAAAAAUAUACAAGAUAAUCAAAAGGAAUAUUAUGAUUAUAAUAAUAAUAAUGGUGAUGAUUAUAAUAAUAAUCGUGAUGAUAACAAAAACAAUUUUGAUAAUUACAACAAUAAUUGUGAUAAUUACUACAACAAUUUUGAUAAUUACAACAACAAUUUUGAUAAUUACAACAACAAUUUUGAUAAUUACAACAAUAAUUUUGAUAAUUACAACAAUAAUUGUGGUGAUCAUAAUGAUUUCCAUUAUGAUAAUUCCUCAUCUUCUAAUACUAGUGUCUAUCACUCUUCCAUAUGUGAAGAUAUUAACCUCUUUUGUACAGAUCCCAUGAUAAAAUUGAAACAGCAUAAUAAUAUCAAGGAUAAGAAAAAAAAAUCAAUAAUGAACUUUAACAUAUUAUGUAAUAAUAUUACGAAUCGUAAUGGAAGUAGUAAUAUAAAUAAUAACAAGGUUCCCAUUAAACAAGAUGGAAACCUUAAAUUUAAUAAGAAAGACAUAAAUAUGAAUCCUGAUAAUUUGAAAGAAAAACAAAAAAAUUUAUUAUUUGAUAGUCUAAAUAAAAUUUAUAAGGAUUCUGAACAACCUAAUAAGAAUGGGAAUUUCCCACUUACCAAAAAUAAUGAAAACGAUUUUGUUGAAAAUUUUGAAGAUAAUAUUUUACCACAAAUAAUUUGUGGGACAUCUGCUGGUAGUAUUGUUGCAGCUUGGAUUUGUACUCGAACAAAUAAUGAAUUGUUAGAUGAAUUUAAUAUUAAUUUUAUUUAUAAUAUAGUUUCUUGCUUUUCCUCAGAAAAUUGGUUUUAUUCAUUUUUUAAUAUUUAUAAAAAAGGAAAUUUUUAUGAUAUCGAUAAGAUUGUUAAACUUAUUUAUAAUUUAUAUGGUGAUAUGACAUUUCUUGAAGCUUUUAUAAAAACAAAUUUAGUUUUAAAUAUUACAGUUACUAGAGCGGAAUGUGAAAAUAAUAAUUUUAGUUGUGAUGAAGAUGGACAUAUAGUACUAAAUUAUAUGAACUCUCCAAAUGUUUUAAUCUAUACGGCAGUUUUGGCUAGCUGCUCUUUUCCAUAUUUAUUACAACCUUUCAAAUUGUUAGAAAAAAAAUAUAACAAAGAAAAUGUGUAUAGAUUUAUGUCUAUAAAAGAAGUAAAUAAUAGCAAACUUAUUUUGAAUAGUAAUACUUUAUAUAAAAAUAGAAUUCUCUUAAAAGAGGAUUCAGAUGGAUUAGCUCUAUCAAGGAGUUUAGAAAGUUCAGAUAUCAAAAGUGAAAAAACUUGUAAUAAUCAUGAUACUUGGAAACAUAAUUAUAGUAAUAGUAAUCAUUAUUUUAAUAGUAAUAUCAAUCUAGAUGAUGAACAGAAAAAUUUAAAUGAACCACAACAAGCCAUUUCUAAUAAUGUACAUAAUUAUGAAAAUAAAAAUUCUUCAUGUGCUACUAUCGAUACUUGUAUGAAGGAAGAAUAUAUUUUAAGUAAAACCAUUUUGGAAAAUGAAUUCAUUAAUAAACCAAUUAAUAAUAAUAUAAAUAAAGAUUAUAUGCAAAAUAAUGGAGAAGUCGAAUUUAUAGGGAAAAAAAACCAUCAUAUAUUAUCAAAAAAUAAUAUAAAAAAUAAUGAUAAUGAAACGAUAGCUAGCUUUUUUGUAUCAAAUAAUGACCUGAACAGUACAGGAGAAAAAUCAAAAAAAAAAAAAAAAAUAAUAAAUAAUAAUAAUGAUGAUCAUAAUAAUACUAUGGAUUUUCAAGAUAGCUUGGUGGUCCAUAAGGGAGAUAAAAAUGAUUUGCUUGUCCUAAGAGAAGAAAAGAAGAAAAAGGAUAACAUUAAUAAAAAUGACAUGAAUGAUUAUAACACAUGUGAUGAUAAUUGUGAUGUGAAUGAUGAUGAUGAUGAUGAUGAUGAUGAUGAUGAUGAUGAUGAUGAAUUAGAAGAUCAAGACGAUAUAUGUAUAAAUCGAGUAUUAGGAAAUGAAAUUGAUGGAGGGGAUAUAUUGGAUAAAGAAAAAAUAAAGAAGAAAAAAAAAAAUAAUAAGGAUACAGUAAGUAUAGAAAAAAAGGGAACGGUAUUAACAGAUAAUUGGGAGAAUGAAAAUAUGUUAAUUGAAAAGACUUAUGAAAAUGGUAAUUUAAGUAAUAAAUAUAUUGAUAUUAAUGAAUAUAGGAAUAUCAAUUUAUUGAAUGAAGAGUAUACUAUAAUAAAUAGUGUUCAAUUUAAAAAUAUGUAUUUUCAUGAUGGUUCAUUAAAAAGUGAUAUCCCUGCACACAAUUUAAAUCAAAUAUUAUCUGUAAAAUAUAAAAUUGUAUCACAAGUUAAUCCACACGUCUUUCCAUUUACUGGAGUUCGUGUGCAUGGUGAAGCUGGUAAGCCGGUUAAGUGGAGAGGAAGUUCGGGAAAUUGGAGAGCAGGAUUUCUAAUGUCAUCUAUGGAAAUAUUAUUUAAAGAAAAUAUGAGAUAUAUAUUAAGACUAAUGGCAUUACUUGAUUUAUCACCAACCAUAAGAGGGCUGAAUGCUGGAUCGAUAGCAAUGCAGAAUUAUAAUGGAGAUAUAACGUUACAUCCCAAGAGACUUUAUUUAAAACAUUUCAAGUUAAUUAGUGUUUCGAAUUAUGACGACGUUGAAUGGUAUAUACAACAAGGAAGACAAAUGACUUUUCAAAAGUUGCCCUUAAUUUUGAACAGAAUGAAAAUUGAAAAGAAAUUAAUAAAAAUGAAAAAAUGUUUUUUUUAA